AUGGUCGCUCCGGCAAUUAGGGUAGCUCCCUCAGCUGCUAAUCGCGCCCUGAAUCUCCUGCGCACCGUUCAAUUUACACACCCGCCUAGUUGUCCCUGCCACCGCAACCCGGGCUACCAUAAUACAAGUACACCAUCUCUCAUGACCCAUGUUAAGCGUCACUUGGCUACACCCGUUGACCCGGCGCGUGAGAAAGAAUAUGCGUUCGAGAUGGCUGCCUCGAGCAUCCGCUUCGGCCCCGGCUGCACCAAGGAAGUCGGCAUGGAUUUUGCGAACAUGGGCGCCAAGCGUGUCUGCAUCGUGACCGAUUCCAACGUCGCUAAACUUGAUGCUAUGAAACAGGCUGUUGAGGGUCUGACCAGGGAAGGCAUUGAAUUCACUAUCUUCGACAAGGUCCGCACGGAGCCGAAGGACAGUUCAAUCAUGGAGGCUAUUGCGUUCGCCAAGCCAUACAAGCCCGAUGCUUUUCUCGCUGUUGGUGGUGGCUCCGUCAUCGAUACAGCGAAGCUUAUGAACCUAUACAACUGCUACCCGGAAGCCGACUUCCUCGACUUCGUCAAUGCGCCUGCCGACGACAGCAGGACCGGUUCCGAAACAACUGGCACCGCCAUCUUCGACCUCGUCUCCAAGAAAGCCAAAACUGGCAUUGCCCACCGCAACCUGAAGCCCACCCUCGGCAUCUGCGACCCCCUCAACACCCGUACCAUGCCCUCAGCGGUCCACGCUGCCUCCGGUCUCGAUGUACUAUGUCACUCGCUCGAGUCUUGGACCGCAAUUCCCUACCACGAGCGUACUCCCCGCCCUACGAACCCCAUCAACCGACCCGCAUAUCAGGGCGCAAACCCCAUCUCGGAUAUUUUCUCGCUCGAGGCACUCCGUAGCACGGUCAAAUAUCUGCCUCGCGCAGUCAGGGAUCCCGAAGACCACGAGGCGCAGUCGAACAUGCUACUCGCUGCUACACUCGCCGGUGUCGGAUUCGGUAAUGCUGGUGUUCACCUCUGCCACGGCAUGAGCUACCCCAUCUCCAGUCAGAACCCAGGCUACAAGCACAAGGGAUACCAGGUCGAUCAUCCUAUUAUUCCUCACGGUGUUUCCGUCGCUGUUACCGCGCCUGCUGUCUUCCGUUUCACUGGUGCUUCGAACCCAGACCGCCACUUGGCCGCUGCUGAGGCAUUCGGGGUUGAUAUCUCCAACGUCAAGCGGGAGAGUGCUGGUGAGGUCCUCGGCGAAGCCAUUGCUCAAUUCUUGGUUGAGCUGGGUGACCAGCCUCGUGGAUUGAAGGAUCUGGGCUUCAAGAGCUCCGAUGUUGAGGGCCUGGUUGAGGGCACUAUUCCCCAGCAGCGUGUGUUGAUGCUAGCGCCGAACCUGAGUGGUGAGCUUGAGGCCGAGAGGGGUGAGUUACGGAAGCUCCUGGAGGAGUCUUUGGAUUAUUAG